AUGCGGGCUUCCCAGUGGAUCUGGAUUGCCUCCACAUUCCUCGCCUCGCCCGUCCACUCAACAGAGACAGCACCCUUCACCGCAGCGGAAGAAGCCACAGCCAACAAACGAGCCUUCGAAGUCCUCCGCAUUCUCAGACGAGCCGACAACAAUUGCCCGAGUGGCUUCAACCCUUGCACCAAACUGGGCAACGCCGACGCAUGCUGUAAAUACGGAACGAACUGCUCACGCGAUGACGCCAACAACAUCGCCUGCUGUGCAAUCGGUGCAAGCUGCACCGGCAGCCUGACAGGAACGAAGACGACAGGAACGGGCACCGCGUUUGUGUUCCCCAGCGGCGCAACGGCAACCACCACCGAGAGCGGGGCAGCGCCUAGUAUCGGGUCGACGCUGGACGGCGCAUACCCAUUCGUUGUCGUCCCAACCGCUUUCAAUAAUGCCGAGGCUUGCUCAUCUUACUACUCUGUGUGUCAGUCGGAGUACACCCAGUGCACUGGUGUGCUGAUGGGCCGCUAUGGUGUCACUAUUGCCGGUGCUGGUGGGGGCGUCACAGUCGAGGCUAUUACGGCUGCAUCGCAGGCGACUUCCAUUUGCUCCAGUUUGAGUGCGGAGGCUUGCCAUGGUAUCAACUUGGGGUAUUGCAGUGGCGUCGCAACCCACACGGGCAGUGCAGAGGUCAAUGGGAAUGAUGCCUCGCCUAUGCGGAUGUCAAGUCUCCAUGAUCUGGUCUUUGGGCUAGCGGUUGGGGUUGCGGGUAUGUUUAUAUGA